UGUAUCAUAGUCUCUGUAAUCUGUGAUGUACUCUUUGCAUACUAGGUAUUUAUUUUAUUUCGUUUAGGUUAUGUUAUGCUACUCAUAAAAUUACUUUCUUCUUAAAUUCAAACAGGAUUAUUGGUAUAAUGGCGACAAAUUACGCAAAAUAUUCUCAAUUAAUAAAUGCAUCUACAAAUUACGCUCGGCGCAUGAAGCGACUUUCUAACAGAAUCUUCGGGGAAGUGGCGAUUCCAACUAACCCUAAGUCUAUGAAGGUAGUGAAGAUAUUCUCCGAGAGGCCAUUGCAUACCAACGAGGAGAUCAUCCAUUACUACCCGAAACAUGUCGAGACCCAUGCCUUGAUACUUAAACUGCGGGACUAUGGUUUGUUCCGUGAUGAGCACCAGGACUUUAAAGAUGAAAUGAAGAGGCUCCGAGAGUUGAGAGGAAAAGUUAAAGUAUGGAAACGGCACUUGGAAGAGAAAAAGGAAUAGAUUGUUAUUUUUAGAUUAGUGUUCUAUUAGUAGAUAUUGUAAAUAAAUUAUUAAAUUAAGGUUUAA